AUGUCCAGCAGCGCGGGCCGAGUACUACUUUGUGGCAACGACGUAAAAGAUGCGCCCUCCUACCAGUAUCUAGGGGUCGGCCCGCAACAUGAUGCCUUGGAUCUGAUGGGAACGGGACAGCAUCUUGAAUUCUACGCGCGAAUCAAGGGAGUCCAAGACGUUCGAUCCAAUGUGGAAUACCUCAUGAACAGACUAGAUCUUGCUGCACAUGCCAAGACCCAAGCAGGCAACCUCUCUGGCGGCAACAAGCGAAAGCUGAGUCUAGCUAUUGCACUUAUGGGCAAGCCACCAGUUGUAGUGCUUGAUGAGCCGACGACAGCCAUUGACGCUAUAGCCAAGCGGGCCUUUUGGUGCAUUGUGGAGGAUAUUGUCCAUGAUCAUUCGAUUCUACCACGCAUGGAAGAGACUGAAAGACUAGCCAAUAGAACAGCAAUUAUGGCCUCUCGCAUGCUUGCCAUUAGCUCGACAGCCCAUCUACGCACCAAGUACGGCCGCGGAUACUGUGUCAGUCUCUCUCUUCAAUCUGGUGCCCACGCCACAAACGCGGAAAUGCAGCGAGUGUUUUCCUUCUUCCAGCAGAAGAUGCAGGGAAGAAUCACGCUCGAGCGAGACAUGGUCCGCGGCCAGAUCUGGUUUGUCCUGGCUCCGAGCACCCACACUCACCCACACUCACCCACACGCCAAGAUAAUAUGUCCACACUCUUCGCCCGGCUGUACAGCGACUAUAACCGGCCCGCCAAGAUUGAGCGGCAGCGCCUGAUGGAUAAUGCAGACCUGAUCAUGCCAGAGGAUGCAGCGUGGGCGUACUAUCAGAAGCUUGUUUCACAGCAGGAGCUAGCUAUGUUGGCCAAAGUCGAUAUGAAGGCCUUUGUAAUUGGCCUGGAAAGCUUUCCCAAUCUCAGACGGGUUAUAAUCACGCCGCUAGCUCAUGGGCUUAUCUUUGCUCCCGGAUACGAGACGCCGAUGAUACGGGCAUUCCCCGAGGCAUUCAAUUACUCAAUGGAUACCGGGUCAGUCUCUUGUGAAUUUGUUAGGGACAAGUGGCGCGGCUAUCGGAAUGUCACUCGCUCUCUAGCAGAGUAUAGCCAUCUUCACCAUGUAACAAAGCUGAUUGUCGAGGACUCUCUUAUCCGCGUUGGCCUCAACAUCAACAUGUUUGAAGCACCAAACCAAGACUACAGCAACCUGGUUAAGAUUGUCUCGCGGCCUGGGUUUCAGCGUUUGGAUUCAUCUCUGAUCACCGGCGGCGAAAAGUGUCUUUACUGA